AUUAAUCACCCGAACACUAUAUAUACAUGCCGUUCCCACUCAAUAUGAUCCACCAAGCAACCAGCAAACACAAGCUAAAUUGCUAAAACAGAUCUAGCAGGAGACCAUGGCCGCAGGAGACGACCUGAAGCUACUCGGGGCAUGGCCAAGUCCGUUUGUCGUCAGGGUGAAGCUUGCACUGAGCUUCAAGGGCCUGAGCUUCGAGAACGUCGAGGAGGACCUCGGCAACAAGAGCGAACUCCUCGUCAGCUCCAACCCGGUGCACAAGAAGGUGCCCGUGCUUCUCCACAACGGGAAGCCCAUCUGCGAGUCCAUGGUAAUCGUGCAGUACAUCGACGAGGCGUUCGCUGGCACCGGCCCCUCCUUGCUUUCCUCCGAUCCCCAUGAGCGUGCCAUUGCCCGCUUCUGGGCUGCCUACGUCGAUGACAAGCUUGUCACCUCGUGGGUGCAGUCGUUCAGGGGCAAGACAGAGGAGGACAAGUCCGAGGGCACCAAGCAGAUGUUUGCUGCACUGGAUACUUUGGAGGGAGCCCUGAGGGAGUGCUCCAAGGGGGAGGGAUACUUCGGCGGUGAGAGCGUCGGACUCGUCGAUGUUUCGCUGGGAAGCCUGCUCUCGUGGCUGAACGCGACCGAGGUGAUGUCCGAGACCAAGAUCUUUGACCCCAUUAAGACUCCGCUCCUAGCGGCAUGGGCAGAGCGCUUCAGAGAGCUUGAUGGCGCCAAGGCCGCCUUGCCGGAAACCGACAGGAUGGUGGAGUUCGCCAAGAAGAGGCAGGCGCAGGCUGCGGCGGCUGCAGCUGCUUCGGAUAACUAGUAAAUUGAGUCGGCAUGGGGACGAUGCAUGAGUCGAUGACUCAUCAGUCCCAUUCGAUUGAAGUAUUCGUCUUUGCUCACAAAUAAAGAACAACUAUUAUUGUGUACUCCCGCCAUUCUAUAAUGUAAGUUACUAUUAUAAAUUUAUGAUCAAGAUGUUAUUAGAACCUGCUGACGCAUAUAUAGCAUAUUGAUUG